GGUUUUGUGGGCAGCACACUGGGUGCUGGCUGGGGUGGCCUAGGAGAGAGCUCAGGGUUCAAUGGGUGCUCGCUGGGGUGGGGGAGGUGAGCAAGGUGGCCCAGGAGGUGGCCUGGGGCUCAACGGGCAGCACGCUGGGUGCUGCUCAGUGUGAGUGGGACUGGCAUAGGGUGCAGAGCUCUCUGGUGCCCACAGGACCCCCUGGGCUGCCUCCCACCUGCUCACUGCCCCCCCGUCUGCAACAGGUCCGGGGACAUGGCCUUCACCACGCUGCUGCUGCGGGCCCUGCUCUGGCUCUGGCUGCUGGCCCAGGUGGCCCUGGCCGGCCGGGUGCGCUCCCGCCGGGAGCUGGCCCCUGGCUUGUACGAGCACGGAGUCUACGACGCCGGCGGCUCCUACUGCCAGCGGGGGGACGUCUGCUGCCGCGGCAGGGACGACGCCUGCACCGUGCCCUACCAGGACACCCUCUGCUACUGCGACCUCUUCUGCAACCGCACCGUCUCCGACUGCUGCCCCGACUUCUGGGAGUACUGCCUGGGCAUCCCAGCCCCCUUCCCCAAAGCCCCAGGCUGUGCCCGUGCUGGCCUCACCUACCCCACCGGAGCCACAUACCAGGAGAACUGCAACCUGUGCACCUGUGGCCCUGGUGGGCAGUGGCAAUGUGAGGACCACGCCUGCCUGAUGGACGGGGACCUGAUCGACGCCGUCAACAGGGGCAACUAUGGCUGGAGAGCUGCCAACUACAGCCAGUUUUGGGGCAUGACGCUGGAGGAUGGCAUCCGGCACCGCCUGGGCACCUUCCGUCCCUCUCCCACCGUCAUGAACAUGAACGAGCUGCAGAUGAACAUGGACUCCAACGAGGUCCUGCCUCGCCACUUCGAUGCAGCUGCAAAGUGGCCUGGGAUGAUCCACGAGCCCCUGGACCAGGGCAACUGUGCUGGUUCCUGGGCCUUCUCCACAGCUGCUGUGGCCUCGGAUCGCAUCUCCAUCCACUCCAUGGGGCACAUGACGCCUGCCCUGUCGCCCCAAAACCUCCUCUCCUGCGACACCCGCAACCAGCGGGGCUGCAGCGGCGGGCGGCUGGACGGGGCCUGGUGGUACCUCCGCAGGAGAGGGGUGGUGACAGACGAGUGCUACCCCUUCACCAGCCAGCAGAGCCAGCCGGCGGCACAGCCCUGCAUGAUGCACAGCCGCUCCAUGGGCAGGGGCAAGCGCCAGGCCACCGCCCGCUGCCCCAACCCCCACACCCAUGCCAACGACAUCUACCAGUCCACUCCUGCCUACCGCCUCUCCUCCAGCGAGAAGGAGAUCAUGAAGGAGCUGAUGGAGAAUGGCCCUGUGCAAGCCAUCCUGGAGGUGCAUGAGGAUUUCUUCAUGUACAAGAGCGGGAUCUAUCGGCACACGCCGGUGGCCGAGGGGAAGGGACCAAAGCACCAGAGCCAUGGGACCCACUCGGUCAAAAUCACUGGGUGGGGAGAAGAGCAGCUACCCGAUGGCCAGACCCAAAAGUACUGGACCGCUGCCAACUCCUGGGGCACAGCGUGGGGCGAGGGCGGCCACUUCCGCAUCGCCAGGGGCGUCAACGAGUGCGAGGUGGAGACCUUCGUGGUGGGCGUCUGGGGCCGGGUCAGCAUGGAGGACAUGCCCCACAAGUGACCGUCCGGCUGCCCGCCGCCCUGCCCCGCCCGUGGCCUU